AUGUCUGCCAUCCCUCACGUCUGUAUGGGGCGCAUAUCAUCAGCUUCAUCGACACUCAAUCUAUACAUUGCAUUCCCGAGGAUGAUUCAUGAGCACCCAACAAACGGUCGGAGAAUCACUCUGAUGCCAAAGGAGGUCUUGGAUAUAUUCUGGGAUAGGGUACUGCUUCCAUCGAUUGGACAGUGCACCGAUGUCAGCUGGGCGCCCUACCUGAAACACACAUUGGAGGAGGCGCGUUACAAGGCCAGAGGUGCGGACGGGAGGAGGGGUGGAUGGGGACCUCCUAAGACCAUUCCCCUUUCAGAUGAUGACUUUUUGGAUGUGCAGAAACGCAUGGAAGCUCGCAUACGUGAUGGAGGACCUGAGCUCAGCAUGUAUGGGUCAUCUUUCUUCAUUCUGGAAGGAAAGGGAAUCAAGCUACUCACAAAGGAUGGCCAGAGAGGGCGUUUCUCAGGACCGGAAGAGGCCCUGCGUCGCAACCUGUCUGACCUUGACUGGGAAUACAUGAUGAGCCGGAGUCAUGGUGAACUGUUGGUAGAUGUGGGAGUCUCAUUCACGCCCCACUCUCCGAACGUCCCACUCGUAGGAGUGUGGCGCUUAGACGCGCUGGAAGCAUCAUUUGGAACAGGAGGCUACAAAAGAGGGGAGAUACAUCAUCACAACACGCUGUCUAGAUAUGGAGCGCUGCAGGCCGAGAUGCAACAGGAGAGAUCCCAGCAGACGCACAUCGCAUUCAGGAGCACCUACAACCUAUACUAUGACAACCAAGUGAAUUUCGCAUCCGACAGUGACGCCUAUAAGCUGUCCCCAUCAUACAUGGCUGAAUGCACCGAAAUCGCCAAGGUCGUCGAGGGUUGCAAGGAGAAAACAUAUGGUGUCAGGGAUGAGUAUAGGGUGAGCGGACAUGCAGCCAGAAUCAUCCUGGAAAAUGUGGAAGAGAAGUCCUGUGGAUCCCAUCCUAAGAUCUGGUUCGAGCUUCUGAGGAGACGGGUACGGGAGAUUCAGAGGACCCAGAUAUCCAUCGUCAAAAAGAAUCCACCAAAUCUUGGCGUUCUCACUGGAGUGCUCAACCACAUGCUUCGCUCUACCACAUCAACUCCUAUCGUCUACGACUCUCAUGUCCGCGAAUCUCUUGCCCUCCUCGAGUACAGAAACAUCCUCGAAACCGCAGGAAUGUUUUUCUUGCAGGACUUCGAUAUCAAUAGCGACACCUGCCUGGAUGAGGUGCAGCAAAUUGAUGACGUGCAUGUACUGGCCCUCAUGGGCGUAAAUGCAAAGGCUCAAAGGGACCGGGCAGUGAGAAGAAUGGACGCAUGGCAAAGCACCGAGUCGGAACUGGAGGAUUAUCCUCUUGGUCGCACACCAACAUGGACUCGACUCAAGGCAGCCAUUGCCAACUCGCCUGCAAUGAUCAUGAGACCCUGGAUGUGGUCGCCCAGAUUAUCCGACACUCAACUCUCCGUCGGACGUUUGGUGGUCAUGUUCACCAGGCACAUGUGGUUGAUGCUCACGCCCGAAAUCUUCAAGGGCAUCAGACCCCAUCCAAACUCACUUCAGGAGGCCAUGAAGUGCUGGACGAUCACUAGCAUCGAUGACACUCUUGCUGCAGUCACAUUCGAAGCAUGCAAUGCCGGACUGCAUGACAGUAUGGGCAUCACUCCUGGUCGCAUGGGCCCGAAGUCGAGGCCCUUCCUGGACAGGUGCACUCUGUUCUUUCCCGACCCUGAUGCCGCCCAUAAGGACAAUACUCAGUGGUCUGGGCUGUGGGAGGGAGAUGGAUACAUCGCAGAAUUUCACAGGACGAUGAAGGCAAUGGAUGAGGAUCAGCAAGAGUUGCUGAAACAAGGAUUACGCGAGGUAUUUUCGGAUCUUCACUGUCUUCCUGCGAGCGGUGCAAGAGUGUGGAUGCAAAAGAACAAUGCCAUUGUGUUCAUGACUAAUCCCACAUUCUACAAGAUUGAUUGUAUUGGAAGGGGAGGCGAGAGUCAGAAGAGGGCCCCAAGAGCACGCCGCACGAUGAAGCUGAUCAAGGGUAAACGCAUAUUUGCAGCUGACCUCAUGGACUCUCAACCCUUCGACGCUGAUGGCAAUCUGCGGAGAAAGACAGAGAGACAGAAGCGGCGGGAAAUUCAGAAGAAAAUGACCAUGGCCAAGAAAAACAAGAGAGUCCCCCCUCCACCACGUUCACAGAGACCAUUUCCCAUGACCCCACUGGAAGAUAUUGCGGAAUGA